AUGAGCAACUUCACCUCCCCCUCAUCAUUGUCAGACCAUCAAUCUUCGGAGUGGCGUAAGCCGGUCUCCCUAGUUGGCGCCGGCCCCCUAUUCCUCUACGUUAUCCCGAUCCUCAUCCAGGGCUCUUUACUUCAUCCGAAGUUUGCCCGAUGGCCGAUUUUGCGGUGGCUGCGACUAGCCCUGACCCCCUUGAACGUCUAUCUCGGCCUCAAGGCGCCUCUCGAAUACCUCAUCGUCCCCGUCAAUCGCUACGGGGGAUUCAACUUUUGUCUGUGCAUCUGGGGCACACAGUUGGCCUUGAAGGCCCUCCAGAUCGGCCUCACCGGCGGCUACAUGGAAGGCAAAUGCUGGAUCCGUGACGAGGCCGCGUUGACGCCUAACGAGAAGGCCUAUACCGUUCAAGCCGAACAUAAGAAGAACUAUAGCUGGAAAGAAGUCGCUCAAUGGACGCUAAAACAUACCUUGCCUCCACGUGGAAUUCAGUUCGGCUGGGGGUUGAAGAGCGAGCUCAACCAGCGGACGUUCAACGAAGUCCUGAAACGAUUGUUCAAAGUCCAUAUACUCUCUCUGAUAGCGACCGGUUAUUGCGUAGCAAGUCGCGACUUUGGAUCCCCGACGAACGUUUUGCUCGCCCUGGGCUUCCCGAAGACGACGGCGACGACGAUUUUAGCGGAGACGCUAGCCUCACUGAGCUUCCCAGCCUUCCUGCUCUCGUGGUUCGACAUUGGAUACACCUAUAGCACCUUGAAUGCUUACAUAAUUAGCUGGCUCCAUCGCGAAAAAGGACUGCCCAUCCCGCAAUGGAUCAUGGAAUGGUUCGACCCAAGGUUAUACACCCCCAUCUUCCAGUCACCACACACUGCGAAAUCCUUGAACGAACUCUGGUCUAAGGGAUGGCAUCAAUUCCUGAGGGCUGACCUCAUCUUUUUUGGCGCACGUCCGGCGAUCUCCCUGGCCAGGAAGGCUGGCCUCUCCAAGACCGCACAGAAGAUCUGCAGUCUCUUCGCGGUCUUCAUCCUCAGCGGUAUCUUGCACGAGAUCUAUGUUCUUUUCGCGGUGUCGACCAAGAUAUCAUUGACGAGAUACCUAUCGCUCAAUCCAUUCCCGGGGACGCUUUUUUACUUUAUGGUCCAACCCGUCGGGAUCUUACUAGAGCCGUUGAUUAUCCCUCUGAUCCCCAAGUUCCUGGGUGGGGGUACGCUCUGGGUUUGGGCCUUCUCUUUGCUCGUCAUCACUCCGUACCGCAGAGCCAUGACGGGCGAAUUUGGAGUGAUCGAUGAGGCCUUACCGCGGCUCUCGCAGUGGCCAAUUUACUCCUUCUUGGUUCCCGGAACUCUCUAUGAACUACUUCCUUGA